AUGCUGCCACCGUACACUUGCAAAACUAUAGAUUCAUACAAGCACGAGGGCUGGAGUGCAAAGCGGUACACAGGCAUUAUGGCGGCGCGUGGGACGUAUUGUGGUGAGGACUGUAUAGCGAAUGUGAGUGCGCUGCUCUGCUCGCCACAAUGCAGCACGUACCAUUGCAAGACUUACAGGGAUUCACGCCCCCCACACGAAGAGGCGACGGGGGGCGGUGCUCGGAGGACUCAGGGGGUGGAGGGGGGAGGGCCCAGCCCCCCCACUGGUGAGAAUCAAUAUUUGCCCCGGAUCGCCUCGUGCCCUAGUGAAGACUGGAAGUUUCCGUCUUUUCCUGACUUCAAUCGUGACUUCAGUGGUGAUUUCAGUGGUGACCUGGGUGAUGAGGAGCAGUACCCGCCCCUGAGCUGUUCCGUGGACUCUGCCAGUGAUUGGGAGGAAGACAGCCUGUCCUUCGGAAUAUUUCUUCAGAGUGACGAGGAAGAGGAGCAGUACCCACGCGUGACGGAUUCCAGUGACGAUACGGAGCAAUACUCAGCAUCCUCCAGUGGUGACGAGCAAUGUCCAACCCCAUCUGGUGGUGGUAAGGAAUAUUCAACCCCAUCUGGUGGUGAUAACGAGUACUCAACCCCUUCUAGUGGUGAUAAAGAGCAAUAUUCAACUCCAUCUAGUAGUGACAAGCAAUAUUCAACCCCAUCUAGUGGUGAUAAGGAAUAUUCAAUCCCUUCUGGUGGUGAUAAGGAGUACUCAUCCCCUUCUAGUGGUGAUAAGGAGCAAUAUUCAACCCCAUCUGGUGGUGAUAAAGAGUAUUCAACCCCAUCUGGUGGUGAUAAGGAGUAUUCAACCCCAUCUGGUGGUGAUAAAGAGUAUUCAACCCCAUCUGGUGGUGAUAAGGAGUAUUCAACCCCAUCUGGUGGUGAUAAAGAGUAUUCAACCCCAUCUGGUGGUGAUAAGCAGCAGUAUUCCAGUCCCUCUGGUGGUGACGGGAAACAGUAUCCAACUUUCGAAACCAUGGGAGAAAGUGAUGGAGAGGAGCAAUACCCACAUCUGGCAAACCAUGUGGAUACUAGAGAUGAGAGCGAGCAAUAUCCACCUCUUGAGAACCAUGUAGAUACUAAGGGUGAGAGUGAGCAAUAUCCACCUGCCGCGGCCUCUGAGCAGUAUCCACCUCUGGGGAACCAUGUGGAUACUAAAGACGAGGAUGAGCAAUAUUCACCUGUCGGGAACGAUGUGGAUAGUAAGAAUGAGAGUGAGCAAUAUCCACCUCGUGAGAACCAUGUGGAUACCAAAGACAAGGAUGAACAAUACUCCGAGCAAUAUCCACCUGCCGAGAACCACACAAAAGACGAAAGCGAGCAAUAUCCACUUGUUGAGAACCAUGUGGAUACUAGAGACGACGGUGAGCAAUAUCCACCUCUCGAGAACCAUGUGGAUACUGAGGAUGAGGAUGAACAGACCUCUGAGCAAUACCCGUCCGUGAACCAUGUGGAUACUAAGGACGAGGGUGAACAAUAUCCACCUAUCUUGGACCACAUUAAAGACGAGAGCGAGAGAUAUCCACUUGUUGAGAACCAUGUGGAUACUAGAAACGAGGCUGACCAAUAUCCACCUGUCUUGAACCGUGUGGAUACUAGAGACGAAGCUGACCAAUAUCCACCUGUUAAGAACCAUGUGGAUACUGGAGACGAGGCUGAGCAAUAUCCACCAGUCUUGAACCGUGUGGGUACUGGAAACGAGGCUGACCAAUAUCCACCAGUCUUGAACCAUGUGGAUACUAGAGACGAGGCUGACCAAUAUCCACCAGUCUUGAACCAUGUGGAUACUAGAAACGAGGCUGACCAAUAUCCACUUGUUAAGAACCACGUGGAUACAAGAGACGAGAGUGAACAGACCUCUGAACAAUAUCCACCUUCCGGGGCCUUGGACCAGCACCCACCCAUGGAAGCCUCCCCCAACACACACUGCAGCGAGGGACACCACCCCUCCGUCUGUUCCUGCACGGACCACCACCACCACCACCACCCACAAUACGUGAACCCCAGUGAAAGCGAUGACGAGGACCGCUACUACCCCUACCCCCCUCGGCACCAUUUUUGAGACACACGAUGAAGACGAGGAUUAUUCACCAGGGAAGAGGGAUGGUACUGGUAAUUCCCGCACCUCCCACACCAAUGGCAUCACUCCCACCUCCCCCACCGCCUCCCCACGCGUCACGGCCGCUUCGCCAGCCUCGCCCGUCCU